CUCCAUCGUUAUUCUUGCUUCUUGGCUGCUUUAUUUGCACUUGCAUCGCUUCUUCUUUUUUAGUAACUCAGAGCUUCAGACUUCAUCCGUGUGAUUCACUGAACCAAUCAGCCUCCUUUGUUUUUGUCCAUUCCAUGCAUUUAAUUUCCCCCACAAUAAUCUCAUCUAACAUUUCCUUGUGCCCUCUUAAAUUCUGUUUUCCCAUGCUAUAAAUAAGUAGGCAGACUUUCUACCACUCUCCACCAGUACCACCACUAAAAAUUAAAGUGAGCUAAGCCAACACUUUGGCGGCAGAAACUUGCAGCUAAGCAUUGUCCCUCCUCAUCUGCAAAGGCAGAGGAGAUACAUUCUCUCGUCCUCUUUCGCUUGAUAUCAAGUUAUCAACAGUGCUCUCCUAUCCGUGAGCCGUGCACAACUGCACACGAUGGUGUUGAUUCGUCUUACUAUGCUGAUCUUUAUCGCCAUCCUCCUUGCCGGCCGCACAUGCGUACUUGUUGUUGCCGGCGGUGGAAUGCCGGCAACCUUCGUGUUCGGUGACUCGCUCGUCGACGCCGGCAACAACAACUAUCUCGUCUCCCUGUCCAAGGCAAACUACCCACCAAACGGCAUCGACUUCGACGGACACCAGCCCACCGGCCGGUACACCAACGGCCGCACCAUCGUGGAUAUACUAGGGCAGGAAAUGUCGGGAGGAUUUGUGCCGCCCUACCUGGCGCCGGAGACCGCCGGCGACGUCCUGCUUAAGGGCGUCAACUACGCGUCCGGCGGCGGAGGCAUUCUGAACCAAACCGGGAGCAUCUUCGGUGGGCGCAUCAAUCUGGACGCCCAGAUCGACAACUACGCCAACAACCGGCACGAGCUGAUCAAGCGGCACGGGGAGUUGGAGGCGGUGACCCUGCUCCGUGGCGCGCUCUUCUCGGUCACGAUGGGAUCCAACGAUUUCAUCAACAACUACCUCACCCCAAUCUUCGGCGUGCCGGAGCGCGCCGUGACGCCACCGGAGGUCUUCGUCGACGCCCUCAUAUCCAAAUACCGGGAGCAGCUCAUAAGGCUGUACCUGCUGGACGCCCGUAAGAUCGUGGUGGCGAACGUUGGGCCGAUCGGGUGCAUCCCGUACCUGAGGGACACGACGCCGACGGUCGGAACGGCGUGCGCCGAGUUCCCUAACCAGCUUGCCCGCAACUUCAACCGCAAGCUGCGCGGCCUGGUGGACGAGCUGAGCGCCAACCUCACCGGCUCCCGCUUCCUCUACGCCGACGUCUACCGCGUCUUCUCCGACAUCAUCGCCAACUACAAGUCGCACGGGUUCGAGGUGGCGGACUCGGCGUGCUGCUACGUGAGCGGGAGGUUCGGCGGGUUGCUGCCGUGCGGGCCGACGUCGCAGUACUGCGCGGACAGGUCCAAGUACGUGUUCUGGGACCCGUACCACCCAAGCGACGCCGCGAACGCGCUCAUCGCCCGCCGGAUCAUCGACGGCGAGCCGGCGGACAUCUUCCCGAUCAACGUGCGCCAGCUGAUCACGAGCUGAUACCGAUAAUUCGGUUGUAGUACUAGCCUUCACGGGCUAGGAGUAGUAGAAGGAACUUGCAGGAUAGCUAUUGAUUUCUGUCCGUUUGGACGCAUAUUUUGGGGAGACGCACUGAUGGAUAUGUGCAUGUGAUGCCAUUGAUGGACUGUUCGAUCUACACUAGUAAGUCAUUUGAUUUGGACUUGAGCGUCACACGCUCUGUUAGGGCAGUAGCAAUACGUAGUCCCGGUCUUACCACGGAGCCCAACCUUCACGUAUGAACAAGUAAAUGAGGCUUCUAUCUUCACAGUGCGCGUAGCUCUAGAUGGGACUCACCACCAAUUUUUUCACGCUGGCCCCACCACGAAAAUCGUUGCACCUUGGGAGAAAAAUCUGCUGCACCUCCCCAACUUUUGCCACUGCUUCGUGCUUCCCCAAAUCUCUCUUAUCCUCACUCCACGGCGGCGACCCCCGCUCCCUCCUCCUCUUCCUCUCCCACAACGGCGCAUGGCAGCGACUCCCCCGCCCACUCCUCUCCUCCCACUGGCGGUGCACAGCAGCGACUCCUCCGCUGCCUCCUCUUCUACCGGAGUAGCAAUCCCGUUCGUCACGGGCUCACGGCACAGCGUUGAUGAGUCGCACAAUAUGCUGAAUUGCUGAUAUGCUUUAUUUUCUUACUCCUAAAACAAAUGACACGUCACGCGUCACCAGCCUUAUCAACAUCAACCGCUAUUUGCCUAUUUGCCCCCCCCCCCCCCCAAAGUGGGGUCCACAUGCAGUAUUGCAGUGUCAAAAGGUCUCUUCCAAAAAAAAGAGACACGAGCACACGCUACUCCCAUCCCCACUCUCGUCGCUCGUCGGUAUACCAAACCGAAAAGCUAGUCAAUCCGACCCCACCCGAUCCGAUGGCCGCCACAUCGCCGGACUCCGGCGACCUCAUCCUGGUCGAGCCGGCCAAGCCGGGGUCCCGGGUCGCCGUCGUCACCAUCAACCGGCCCAAAGCGCUGAACGCGCUGACGCGGCCCAUGAUGGUCUCACUGGCCGCGGCGUUCCGGCGGCUGGACGCCGACGACGGGGUGGCGGCGGUGGUGCUCGCGGGGCGCGGCCGCGCGUUCUGCUCCGGCGUGGACCUGACCGCUGCGGAGGAGGUGUUCAAGGGCGACGUGAAGGAUCCCGCCGCCGACCCCGUCGUCCAGAUGGAGCGCUGUCGCAAGCCCAUCGUCGGCGCCAUCGCCGGAUUCGCCGUCACCGCCGGAUUUGAGAUCGCCCUCGCCUGCGACAUCCUAGUGGCCGGCCGCUCCGCUAAGUUCAUCGACACCCACGCCAAGUUUGGGAUAUUCCCUUCUUGGGGUCUUUCACAGAAGCUUUCUCGUGUCAUUGGACCAAAUAGAGCACGGGAAGUGUCGUUAACUUGCAUGCCUAUCACAGCUGAAAUGGCGGAGAAGUGGGGUCUUGUUAACCACAUUGUGGAUGAUACCCAGGUGCUGAGUAAGGCAAUAGAGGUCUGUGAGGCCAUUGCAAGGAACAAUCGCAACUUGGUUGUGUUGUAUAAAUCUGUUAUAAAUGACGGGCUCCAGCUGGACUUGGAACAUGCUCGAGCUCUUGAAAAGGAAAGAGCUCAUGACUAUUACAAUGGUAUGACAAAAGAGCAAUUCGCAAGUAUGCAGAAAUUUAUACAGGGCCGGAGUUCGAAGCCACCAUCAAAGCUGUGAUGAUAUAUGUUCUGUACCACUGUAUGUACCGAAAUAUCAAUGUACUGUAUACAUCCACUGAAGUGUUCAAUGACCUGAAAGAAAAAUAAACACUGCCAAUGUUGCAUACAAAGAAAGUACCAUCUUCACAUGUGUUAUUGGAA